CACCUCCAUCCCCUCAUCCAACGUCAAUUCAACGAAAAGAUAUCCCAUCAGCGGCAGAUCAAGACCAAGACCAAGACCAAGAUCCCGAUUCCAGCAUGGCCACCUCCCCCAAGUUCAGGCCGGCGCUAUUACCCCGCUACUCCAGCAACACCACAACAACCGCCUCAAAAAGAUAUUCUCAGCGGCAGCUCAUUCUUCUUGUGUCGUUCAUCCUCCUGAUUACAUCAGGGGCCAUGCUUGUCUUCCACGUCAUCGUCAGCCCACUCUUAAGCAGCAGCAGCAAUGCAGUCGGAUGCGCCAAGGACGCAGACUACGCCAUCAUUCGUUGGAGGCAAUCAUACAGGAGCAAUGAACAGGGCACCAAGCUGGAAUCCAAUAAUAAUGGCGUUUAUGGCAGCAGGGACGCUGGCAGUCCCUCGAACAACGACAUCGAUUACCACGGCCGCUAUGGUCAGCAGGGCGAGCGAAAGCAGGUGCCAGAGGAGCUGCCCUCCUAUGACUCACGCGAACCCUCCAUCCAGGGUCGCAACAGUAACUCGGACGUCGAUAGCACAGACAACACCACUCCUGAGGAUGAUGGGGAGCAAGAGGAAGAAGAGUACACGCCCUUCGAGGACACGCUGGAUCAAGAGGAUGACGUUCAGUAUGUCACCUACCUCCCUUACGCCGGUAUCACCAACCAGUUCUAUGGAAUGCUUCGAGGCAUGGAGGUCGCCAAGGCAUUGGGUCGCACCCUUAUAAUCCCACCCAUCACUGCUUCUUCACACGACAAGUCGAAGCAGAACCAGCCAUGGUCAAAGUUCCUAGACCUGGAGCGAUUCCAGGAACUGACUGGAGCCAAAGUCAUUGAAUUCCACAAGCUGCGCGACGCCGAGUUGGCCGAGUACAGCCAGCUGGACUGCAAGAUCACCUGCGGCUUCGGAUCCAAGCGCACGAUCGAUUUUACGGCAAAGGGAUUCUUGAAGCAGUGGAAGUUCAACGUGACAUUGAGCCCCCUCCAGAUCGAUGCCACUAAGCUGGAUACCAUCACUAGGGUCCUUGGUCCCUACAAGCGCGACAAGUUCAUCUGCAUCUCCAACACCUACAAAAUCAGCGUUCAGGACAAAUCCGAGUGGGAUCGUUUCGGCCAGCACCUGCACUUUACGCCUGAGCUCGAAGACUUUGUGCAGGAGUUCUUGGACAGGAACUUAGUCAAGCCCGAACCGGUGUAUGACCCCAAGUCAAGGCAGGAGGUAGUGCCGACUCAAAAGUACAUUGCGAUCCAUAUCCGUCGUGGCGAUUUUGCGCAGUACUGCGAGUCCAACUUUCCGGGACCAAAGAUGGUACAUUGCUUCCCAACGACGGAGCAGAUCGCCCAGCGGAUCGACAAGAUCCAGUCCCAAUAUAGCCCCUCAGGAUCACUGGCCGAAGUCAUGCCUGUCUUUGUUGCAACAAACGAGCGCCGGCCGGAGGAGCUAAAAAAGUUUGCAAACCUGGGCUGGAAAUACCUGGACCACGAGCAGAUGGGCACGGCCGAGACGCUGGGUGUCUUUGGACCGAUGAUGGUAGACCAGGUGUUUAUGGCCCAUGCUCAGGCCUUGGUUGGCAUCCAAAUGAGCACAUUCUCGAGAGUUGGAGCAUUGAGACAACGCGAUUGGCACAGGCGUCAAAUAGAGUACAUGUAAAUCCGCCUAUACCCUUCUCCAGGAGAACCCCUCCAUUUUCACCCAGUCUAUUAAUAUAUAUACAUAUUUAUAUUUUUUCCAACGU